CAAUCGCUACCCAUGGCUCGACAAGCCACAACCUGAGCAACAAGCUCCUAUUCUCCUCCCCACGAAAGAAUGCACGACAGCCACAACCCGAACAACUGUCUGCAUCGAUCAUGAGCUCCAAUCACUAGCAUGGCUCGACAAGCCACGACCCGAACAACAAGCUCUAUUAUCCUUUCCACUAAAGAAUGGAUCGACAAGCCACAACCCGAAGAACUGUCUGCAUCGAUCAUGUUCUCCAAUCGCUACCCAUGGCUCGACAAGCCACAACUUGAGCAACAAGCUCCUAUUCUCCUCCCCACGAAAGAAUGGCACGACAAGCCACAACCCGAACAACAACCUCCUCUUCUCCUCCCCACUAAAGAAAUCCCCGGCAGCUACGGCAUCCCCUUCAUCUCCCCCAUCAAAGACCGCCUCGACUACUACUACUUCAAAGGUCAUGACAAUUUCUUCCAGUCAAAAAUCAACCAAUACUCCUCCACCGUCUUCCGCACCAACAUGAUUCCGGGCCCAUUCAUGGCCUCCAACCCCCGCGUCAUCGCCGUUCUCGACGCCAAGAGCUUUCCCAUCCUCUUCGACACCUCCAAAGUCGAGAAAAAAAACGUCUUUACGGGCACUUACAUGCCCUCCACCAAACUCACCGGCGGCUACCGCGUCUGCUCCUACCUCGACCCCUCCGAACCCACUCACGCGAAAGUCAAGCAAUUCCUCUUCAACCUCCUCAAAUCCCGCAAGGACUACUUCCUCCCCGCCUUCCGCUCCGCCUACAUCGCCCCAAUCUUCUCCUCCGUCGAAUCCCAAGUCGCCACCCACGGCCAGGUGGACUUCAACGCGCUCAACAACGACAUCGCCUUCGAUUUCCUCGGCGAGGCUUAUUUCGGCGCGCGCCCCUCUAAAGUGGGCACUUUUGGCUCUUGCUUCAACUUCCAGAAAAAGGUGACGAUUUGGCUCUUGCUUCAGCUUGCCCCCCUUGCCAGCAACGUUUUGACCAAAUUCCGAAUUCCGAAGCUCGUUGAAGAUUUCCUCUUGCACACCUUUGCUUUCCCUUCUUUCAUAGCCAAGCCAGGUUACAUAAGCAUGUACGAGUACUUCAACACAGCUGGAUCUGCGGCGCUCGAUUUGGCGGAGAAGGUUGGAUUGUCGCGCGACGAGGCUUGUCACAACCUUAUCUUUGCGACUUGUUUCAACACCUAUGGUGGGUUGAGGGUGCUGUUUCCGGGUCUGCUUAAGAGGCUGGCGCAGUCGGGGCGUGAUUUGCACGCGCGGCUGGCGACGGAGGUGCGUCAAGCGGUGGCUAACCAUGGGGAGAAUGGGCAGGUGACGUUGGGGGCGCUGGAGCAGAUGGAGCUGGCUAAUUCGGUUGUCUACGAGGUGCUGAGGAUUGAUCCGCCGGUUGAGUUCCAGUACGCGCAUGCUAAGAAGGAUUUCCUGCUGCAAAGCCAUGACGCGCAAUAUCAGGUGCGCAAGGGUGAGAUGCUGUUCGGCUACCAGCCGUUCGCCACCAGAGACACGCGCGUGUUCGGCGCCAACGCCGGCGAGUUCGUUCCCGACCGCUUCGUAGGCUCCGAAGGCGCCAAGCUUCUCCGCUACGUGUGGUGGUCCAACGGCCCCGAGACAGAGGAUCCAACCGUCAACAACAAGCAGUGCGCCGGAAAGAACUUCGUCGUGCUCGUCGCCCGCCUCUUCGUCGCCGAGUUCUUCCUCCGCUACGACUCCUUCACCGCUGAAAUUUCCAACUCAGUAGUCGGCGCGCAGGUCAACAUCACUUCUAUCACUAAAGCUAAAGCUAAAGCAAGUAAUUUUUAUUAAUUACUUAAUUAGAUGAUGGGCUUUUCUGUGCUGUGAUGUAAUUAAAUGGUUGUUAAGCCUUUGUUGUGGGGUCAUAUUGUAAUAUUGUAUUUUAAGCUGCUUGGACGUGUUGUAGAGAAGCUAUCGCACUUAUUGCACAUCAUUGUAGUCACUGCAAUAAUUCUAAGUCACUUAAUUGCAAGAUUGAGAUAAAUGUUGCGAACCAAUUAUUGUCAUUCAUGUGCAAGUUAUGCAACUCAUGAAAGGCACCAUAUGUUUCUUUGCAGUUUGUUCAAGUCCAAGUGCAAUUAUAGUACCUUUGCAAAUGCCUUGUCAUUUGAAUUAGGCUUGGUUCGUUUCACCUUAUUUUAGGCUUGAUUUCAUGUAAUUCAUUAAAGUUCUAGUC